ACACACUAGCAAAGAGACACAUACAGACUUACGCGUGUUCUCCCGUGCUCGGUGUGUGUACGUGUACUCGCUUGUGGCAUCCAGCAAACGCUGUGGUUUCAUUUGGCCAACCGCAAAAUUCUUUUUAAACCAAAUAAGAAACAGAGAAAACUAACUUGAGCCAGGAAAAGCCGAGCAGAGGUCGGAAGAGGCCAGCGGCAGGAAAUUGUUAACCUUUGGGGAUAUCAAACAUUUACGAUUGCGUGGCAGAGGCAGCAACAGCAAGACAGGGGCAGUAACAACAAGAGUAAGAAUCCCGUACCGCCGCAUCGCAUCAACCACUGGGAAAAGCAGCCACAAGUGCCCAAGACGAACCGGGGGGCUUUUCCUGCGCUGUGUACGCAAAACUUUCCUCCUUUUCAAUUUUGUUUUCUCAUCCGGAGUACUUUUGAGGGGCUUAAAUUUCUGUUUGUUUGUGGUACCAAAACAAUCGUAGUCCUGUGGCGGCGGCACCAUUAAGUUUUCGGCCUUCAGCAUAAUGAACAAGAGGAAGAGCAGCCGUAAGUCCGCUUAUGGGACCACUUCGGACACCGCAGGCGCAUCAAACAGUGCCAAUGUGAAGAGUGCUGACAGCAACAAUGCCGGGAAUCGGAAUCUAACUGGAAUUGAGGAGGUGGAACAAGCCACCAUCGACGGCGUUCCGUUCAUACUUGUGGACGCAAUGCCUUUGACACAGAGUCCCCUCACUGAUCCAGAGUUGGCCCAAAUAGAGGCCAAGCGAAUGGCCGAGGUGGCGGCGGAGUGUGACCGAUUGUUGAAACGCUUGGAGAACACAAAGCCACCGCCUGAGCUGGACUUAACAAGCACCAUAACCUCCGCCAAUGAGCUUAAUGAUGAGAACAGUUUCCUCGAGGAGUUGCAGCAACUUUGCAUAUUUCCGACGGACACAGAGGAGCAAGAUGGAGUAGAAGAAAUGAGCAACUUUAGUUCUCAAGCAUCAGACAAUCCCGGAAUCAGCAGGCAGGACACCUUUCACAUUGACAGAAUUGAACCUUCUUCACUGAACGAUCGAACAGUUGGCGGUGAGUCACCGUUCUCCUUCCAAGAGUCAGUAGAGAUCAUCAAUCAGAUUGGCGAUCUGCUGGUGAAAUUGCAGCACCAGCAGGAGCAGCCGUUGGAGGAGGGUACCAGCUGCUUCUUCAUAGCGAGCAUUAAGCCAGACGCUCAGACAUCCAAUUGCUUUGUGAAACAAAUCGGAAAGCCUGCGUCCUUGUCGGCACCAGAAAUAGAGUCACUUGAGCAGCCAGAAGAUAAGUCGCAGUCUGUUAGAUCGGAAAUCCUCAUACAGAUUGAUGAAGAUACGCACAUCAUUCCUCCACAAAAGACCAGUAGUACAUCGCUCUUGAAGCUAUGUAGCCGCAAAUCCAGAUUUGGCUAUGUCGGAAAGAACUAAGGGAUUUCACGGGGUCCGAGCAACAUUUGCAGUUCGAAAUCAUUUUAUCAACAAUAAAUUUACUUUGCUUCUGUAUUCCAGGCACCCCAUA